AUGGACGAUUUCAUAUCGGGCGCUGAUACACUCACAGAAGCUAAGAAAAAGGUAGAACAGCUGGAUGUUCUGACCAAGCUAGGCAGUUUCAAGUUACGAAAAUGGUCAAGCAACUCCAAAGAGAUAUUAGCCGAGAUCCCUGAAGAAUUUCAUUCUUCUAAUCCGCUUGAACUGCAAGAUGACCAUGAGGUCACAUCAGUUUUGGGUCUUAACUGGAACUCCGAUCUCGAUAGUUUCAGUUUUAAGGUCAACUUACCAUCUUCUCAUCCAAUUUGGACCAAACGCAGUGUGCUUUCUCAGUUAGCCAAAUUUUUUGACCUACUUGGUUGGAUUUCUUCAGUAAUUAUUGAAGCUAAAAUGUUACUACAAGAAUUAUGGUUGCUGAAGGUACCAUGGGAUGAGAAACUUCCUUCUAAUCUUUUGAAGCAAUGGAGUGAGUGGAUCAAUGAAGCCCAAAUCUUGGAUCAGAUUAGAAUUCCGCAUUGGAAUCAUUUCCAACCCGUUGACCCGAUAAUAGAAAUCCACGGCUUUACUGAUACUUCUAAACGAGCUUAUGCUGCGGUUCUCUAUCUUCGUACACUUACAAAAGACAUGGUUUUUACUUUAUUAGAAAUAUCUAAAACCAAGGUGGCACCACUAAAGGCGCUCAGCAUUCCUCGUCUCGAGCUGUGUGGUGCUCACUUACUUUCUAAGCUAGUGAAUCAUCAUGUCUCAACGACAAAGGUUCAGGCUUUGGCUAUUCACCUAUACACUGACUCUAUGGACACUUUGUAUUGGAUAAAGUCAAUUUCAUCUAAGUGGCCUACCUUGGUUGCUAAUAGGUGUUCUGAAAUUCAAACCUUGACACCUACAGCCUAUUGGCAUCAUGUCAAAACUAAAGAGAAUCCGGCAGAUCUCACCUCUCGCGGGGUUCUGCCCAAGCAACUUAUAGGUCAGAAACUUUGGUUUGAAGGGCCCGAUUUUUUGAGGGGUCGUGAAAUCGUUUUUUCCGACAUUUCACCUAAAAAUUCUUCUGAAAGUGAAGACACUGUUCUGAAUGAAAUGCUUUCUGUAAAUGCAUUAGAAUGCCAAGAGUUGUCUUUUCUGGAUCCAUCCGAUACUUUAAGGUCAGAUAGCUAUUGUUUGUCAUUAUCAGAACUGGACAAUUCUCGAUUAGUUUGGGUUCUAUUGAACAGAAACAGCAGCAUCGCCAAGCUGAAUCCUAUUCUUGUCGAUGGAGUAAUUAGAGUAGAGGGAAGACUUGGAAAGACUUCGAUCCCUAGCCAAACUAAGCACCCUUUAAUUCUUGCUCCCAAAGAUUAUCUGACCGACUCGAUAAUUAAUUAUCAUCAUAACUUAGUUUUACAUGGUGCAUCUUCCGAAUUAAAGGAGACGCUCUGCCAGUUUUUAAGGUCAUACAACCUCAGCAAUAAAUUGCUGAAAGCUGGAACCAAUUGGCAUUUCAACCCACCUUCUGCGCCCCACUUCGGUGGUUUGUCGGAAGCCGCUGUUAAAUCAGCUAAACAGUUGUUAAAACGAGUUAUCGGCGACCAGGUGCUCACCUUCAGAUGGGCUAACGAGUAUCUUGUGUCAUUACAAGUUCGACAAAAGUGGAUUUUCAAACAAAGAGCAAUUCGAGUCAAUAAUCUAGUACUAAUUCUCCAAGAGAAUACUCCACCUUCUCAUUGGCCUUUAGGCCGGGUGACUCAGGUAUUAGCAGGAUCAAAUGAAUCUGUUAGAGUUAUCGAAGUCCGUACCGCUACCUCUACUCUCACUUGA